AUGAAGCUUCUCUCGCUUUUUUUACUUGCAGCUGUUCUUGCCGCCGAUGCUCCGGCCGCGGCUCCGGCUGCGGCUCCGGCUGCGGCGGCUCCAGCAGCUGGUCAGGCGGCUGACACAACUCCAGCAGCGGCUGCGGCAGCGACUACGCCAACCACUCCAGCUGCCGCUGCAACUACCCCGGCUGCCGCUGCCACGACUCCAGCUGCUGCAAAUCCUGCGGCCACAACUGGAACGGGAACAAACACCGGAACCACUGCCGCAACAGGAACAGGAACUACACCUGCAGCUGGAGCUGCUACGACCAAGCCAACGACGGCGACUCCUGCGACUCCUGCGACGGCUACUACAAAGGCACCGGCUGCCGUCGAUUCGGCCGUGGCCGACACGGCAGACCCAGCUGCUACAACAAACGACACCGAUGCGGCAGACGCCACAGACGCUACGGAUGCUGCUGCUGCCACUGCUGCUCUGAACGACGUGGACACGAAAACCAUGAAGGCGUCGCAGUUGUCUGUUUUCCUCGAGACUCAGACCAUGAACGCCGACCAGCUUAUUGCCUGGUCAGCCACACAUACCCAAACGGUCGCAGCAGGUGUUACUGCCGCCACAACUCCGUUGGCUGCAACUGUUACCCCAGCCGCUGGUGCCAACGACACUAUUGCCGGCUCUCCGGCAGCUCCAAAUCCUGCGACCGAGGACAUGACGUUUGUCACGACAUAUGUGAAACCAUCUACGUCUGCAGCACCCAAGGGUACCAGUGGAUCCGGGGCUUCGUCAUCUGUGGCAGGAGCAGCGGUUUUGCAGGCCAGUUUUGCCGCCCUUGGCUUGGCUGUGGGUGCCAUGGGUCUUCUCUAG